CACAAACGCAUAUAUCAGUUCACAGAGUGCUCAUCAGUAGGCAGCAUUAUAUCUGCUGAAUCAAGACAUUGUACAAAGAUGAAGACCACGCAGUUUAUGUGUGUCUUGUUUUUGGCCGUGACCGUUCAAUCGAUCGAAAUAUCACAUUUCAUGAAACGAGCAUAUAAAGGUCUAGAUGCCCCGGACAAACGACAGGAUGACUUGCCAAGUACAUUUGAUUGCAAAGACCAUGGCGGAAAUUGUCGCCAAAUCAAACCUAGUGGAGACAACUGUAUGCAGUACGAGAUGGAGGAUUCCACAGGUGUAUGUAAUACGGGUGCAUCAUGCUGUGUUCACGAUUGUAAUGAUGACCUGAGUGGUUGUGGAUCGUGUGAGACUCCUUACAGCCAUGGCGACCAUCUCUGCCCACCCGGAAAAAUCGUUUACCCCGGUAAAAACUGUAAAUGUUCAGAUGCAGGGAAGAUUUGUUGUACAGUUGACUGUGAAACUGCCUUGAACGAUACAUGUCGCUUGGUGUUUCAAGGACUAUGCAAACCAGUUACGUGUCCAGCCGGUUACGUUGCGAGAGAAGAUCCGGAAUGUUGCGGGGGUCUAAAACACUGUAAAUGUUGUAAAGGUAUGACAAAAUUGAAUGGCACUGACAUUCCAACUGGCAGUAUGGUUAACACGAUUACGGGAACUGGAACGGGCGAAGGAGCAAAACCAGGUGCGGGUGUAAGAGGGGACCCUGUACUAGAAACAUUGGAUCACUUGAUUUAUAGGUUUGAUGGUCAAUGUUCGUACGUUUUGGUUAGAGAGUGCAGUAACCCGAAUGGCCAUGCAGCGUUCAAAGUGAUAUCCCAGCAUAUUGCUGCCAAGGACCGAACUGGAGCAUUUACAACAAUGGUGCAUGCCUUAUCUAUCUUCGCAGAUAAAAUAGGAGGAGGGGAACACGAAAUUGAACUGUUUAUUGGCAAAGAAAUUUCGAUAAACAAAAAACCGAGAGAAUCUUUUGAAAACUUCACGACAUUUGAAGACUACGAUAACGAUAUAAGGGUGUAUAGAGAUGGAACCAAGGUGUGCGUUUCGAAGAAGAAUGUAUUUGAUGUGUGGUAUAAUGGAAUUGGGCGUGUUGAUGUCAAUAUUAACCCUGAUUCCAUUAAAGUUUGCGGACUACUGGGAAAUGGAAAUGGUGACCCAUACGAUGACUUCCAAAAAUGGACACCAUGGGGCCUGGAGCUCAUUCCUCUGUUCGACUUAACGGAGAUACCAAGGGAAGUUAUUGCAGAAUUCGGGUACACCUGGAAAUUGACUGGCGACCCUGACUGCAAUGAAGUACUAUUAGAGUAUUAAUUGGAAUGGUGCAGGGAAUCUACCGAACACAUUUACAGAUUAAUUGUAAUAGAAGCAUGCCAAUGAAUGUCGAUUUUCGUUAUUGAGCCAUUGUACCAAGAGAAUCCCUCGUCUCUAGUUUAUAUUAUUUAAUUAAAUAUGUUGACAAUGUUGUGUAUUGUUCAUUAGUAAAUUAUGUUUUCGGAAUUAAGAAAUACUUAUCAGGGUUAGGCUUAAUUGGGUUAUCAAUAAAGUUUAGGUUAGAAUGGGGAA